CCCACUCCAGCUCAAGUCCCAAGCCCCAACCUCCUCACCAAGAUGCCGUCCGCUCCGUCCACCAAGAAGGCCAACGCCGGCCCCGGCUACUACGACCUCAUCAAGGAGGCCGUGCUCUCGCUCAAGGAGCGCUCGGGCUCCUCGCGCCACGCCAUCGACAAGUACGUGGCCGCCAAGAAGGGCGCCAGCUACUCCAAGUCGCGCCUCAACAUCGCGCUGAAGCGCGGCGUCGAGACUGGCAAGCUCGUGCCCGUCAAGGGCUCGUUCAAGCUGGCCGCCGAGGAGAAGAAGGCUGCCAAGAAGCCUGCUGCCGCCAAGCCCACCGCCAAGAAGGCCGCCGCCCCGGCCAAGAAGCCGGCCGCCAAGAAGCCCGCCGCUAAGAAGCCCGCCGCCAAGAAGGCGCCCGCCAAGAAGCCUGCCGCUAAGAAGACGGCGGCCAAGAAGACCACCAAGACGGCCAAGAAGCCUGCCGCCAAGAAGACCGCCAAGAAGGUGUCGGCCAAGAAGCCCACGACCACCAAGAAGAAAGUGGUGAAGAAGUCGGCCGCCAAGAAGACCACCAAGGCGGCCAAGAAGUAAGCGCGCACACAGCCAUUUCGUCAGUAUGUUACUUACUAGUUCGUGAUCGUCGACGGCCACGGUCUGGUCUCGCCGCCUCGACAGCCCCCUUUAUUCUUAUUAUUCCCAAUGGAAUCCUAUUCAAUUUGCCUUGAUU